GAGAAAAUGGCUGAGUUUCAUAUCGCUGAGUUACAGCAGAAUCAUGGAGGACAUUACACCUGUGAAUCCUUCAGCAAAUGGCCCAAUGGCACCGGGACCCAGCCCAGUGAUGCCCUUCUCCUAUUGGUCAAAGGGCUGUGUGCUGGACAAGGAAACCUAAGUGGGGAGGGUAAGCGCCUCUUCAAUCAAGCCCCCCUUGAUCCUUCAUCUCAAGUGCGGCUGUGUGGUGGACGAACAGACGUAAGUGGGGACGAGCCACUACCCAAGCCCAUCCUCAGUGUCUGGCCCAACUCUGUGGCUCCCAGCAUGAGCAAUGUGGUGCUAAAAUGUAUGACCUUCAGGAGAGAGGCAGUGUGUGUUAUUAAAAAAGGAGGUACUAAUUUGUAUCCCAGGACACGACUUCAUUUGUCAAAAUGGACCUCUAUAUUAGAUUUCCCUACGGGAUGGCGGGGUACAAGAGAAUUCAGCCUCACAGAGUUACAGCAGAGUGAUGCUGGAUGCUACACCUGCGAAUGCUCUGAAAACAAGGGCUGUGAUGUAAAAUCCAGCAAUGCAAUUCUACUGCUGGUCACAGGACAUUUACCUAAGCCGUCCCUCCAAUCUCACCAGUGGAGCAAAGUGACAGCAGGAGGGAAUGUGACUCUGCACUGCCAGAAGCCAGAUAAUAUGACUGAGUACACAAUGUUCAUGCUCCUGAAGGAAGGCGUUCCAUCACCUGUCCAGGUUCAGAGUUCAGAAAGCAACAGAGCAGACUUCUCACUUCAUAAUGUGACAGCCACAGACACAGGAAACUACAGCUGUGUCUACCACCAGAAAGAAGCCCCUUUCUGGGCCUCACACCCCAGUGAUCACUUUAAGAUCUUGGUGUCAGAUCCAAAUGAUGAACAGACCGACAUGGAUAAAGCUGAUCCUCUUCCCAAGCCCAGCCUCAGUGCUUGGCCCAACGCAGUGGCAUCAGAGAACAGCAACGUGACACUGCGAUGUGUGAGUCCCACCCCAGGCAUACGACUUGUUCUCAGGAAGGGAGAUAAAGUUUUGGAUUCUAGGCUUCCGCAUCAUUUGACAGAGGGGACAGCUGAGUUUCGUCUGACUAACCUCCGGCUGAGUCAUGCUGGAUAUUAUACCUGUGAAUGCUACUUAAAGGAGUCCCCCAAUAAAAUCUCAUCUUCCAGCGAGGUCCUCUUACUAUUGGUGACAGGGGACUUGCCUAAGCCUUCCCUCCGAGUCCAGCACUUGGGUCGGGUCACCACAGGAGAACUGGUGAAGCUACAGUGUCAGAAGCCACACAAUUCAACAGAGUUGUACCAAAAGUUUGCUCUGCUGAAAGUGGGAAAUUCAUCUCCCAUACAGCUUCUGACUUCAGAAAACAACACGGCAGAAUUCACCCUGCAGAAUGUGACAAGUCGAGAUGCAGGGAGGUACAGUUGUGUGUACCACCAGGCAGAAGCCCCUUUCAGGACCUCCCAUCCAAGUGAUCAUCUUGAUAUCUCAGUGGCAAUGUCCCCAAGUGCCUUAUCAAAAUGUUACACCAAGAUUAAUCUCAUCAGGCUGGAAAUGUCUGCCAUGUUUGUGGUGUUGAUGGCCGUCUUCCUGGCUGAAGCCUGGUACAGCCACAGGAUGUCAUCUAGCAGACCCAGGCCCUGCAGCACCCCAGCGCCACCAUGAACCCUUGGUCAAGGUCACAAGCAGCUCUUCUGUUGUCUACGAAGCCUGCACUGCCAGCUCUCUGAGAGCUCUCCAGACAUGGGAUGGCAGCUCUGACCCUUCAUUCUUCCCAUGGCACAGAGGACAGAACUGGGCACAGAUGCUCAUGGGAUACUUCACUGAUUAACAAUUGCUACACUGAAACUACAGUAGUAUUUCUUCCUAUGGAUAGGGCAUGCUGCCUAGAUCAUCAACCAAAACCAUGGACUGUGGAUCUGUUUCAGUGUUCAUAAUUAUGUUAGCCUAUUCUAUCAUUUCCUUAGAAUGUACUUUGUAUAACUUCACAGGUAUCCUUGGCUCUGUACGUAGUAUGCUAAUUGAGUUUAUGUACCUUUAUGCAGUGUGUAUUACCUGUAUCUCAUAUACAACGUUUUUAAUGCUUCUGAUAA